GCCUAUUUUUCUGUUCGCUCCUCCCUUCUUCCUGUUCAAAAGUACCAUGUGUGCUAAAUGUGAAGUGUGAUUCUGUGGAUAUCAUCUCUAUCACCAUGGGGAGAUUAAGAAAAAGACAUAACUGGAAAGCAAGACAGCAGGUACAAACCACCGAGAUCAAGACUACUUCAGAUCAUCAGGAGCAUGUGGAAGUUGAAUUAGGAGCUGAGCAGCUAAAAGGAGUGGAUGAAAGCAAUGCACUAAUCCUACCAUCCAAAAAAGCCAAAAGGAAAAAAGUAAUUGAUUCCGGAACAGGAAAAAAGCCAUUAAGUCGAAAGCAGAAGAAGGUGUUGCAAAAGAUUUUGGAGCAGAAAGAGAAAAAAAAUCAGCGAUCUGACAUUCUAAGUAAACUUAGCGAAGUUCAGGCUUCCGAGAAGGAGCUGAGUCUACUUUAUACCACAUCCAAAAUUGGCACUGGUGAGCGUUUGUACAGUAGUAAAAGGACUCUAGAUGAGGUUGACGGCUCCUUGCAAGGACGAAUCAGCAGCAUCAGUGGUGCAAACAAGAAACGCAGGAGAAAAAACAAUGUAGAGCAGGAGGAGGAGGCAGAAGAGUCAGACUUUUCAGAAACUUUUAUCAGCUCUGGAGAUGAUGAUGAUCCAGUAGAAACAGAUAGUGUAAUACAGGAAAAAGAUCUAGAGAGCAGCAGUACUAUAGAAAAGCUUAAAGGUCCUAGUACAUCAGAGCCUACUCAGGCAGAACCCAAGGAAAACUCAUUACAAGAGAAAACAACUCGGAAGCCAAAGGCACCACCAUCAGAACCUGCUGUAUUUAUCCCUGUGGACCGAUCUCCAGAAAUUCAGGAGGCUAGAUUAAAACUUCCUAUCCUCGGUGAAGAACAAGUUAUCAUGGAAGCCAUAAAUGAAAAUCCAGUGGUAGUUUUAUGUGGAGAGACUGGCAGUGGUAAAACCACUCAGGUGCCACAGUUUUUAUACGAAGCUGGUUAUGGAAGCCAAAAUGAUGUUAUUGGUAUCACUGAGCCACGUCGUGUAGCAGCAAUUACAAUGUCUAAAAGAGUGGCAUUGGAAAUGAAUUUGUCUGAAAGGGUUGUUUCUUAUCAAAUACGAUAUGAAGGCAAUGUGUCUGAUGAAACUAAAAUCAAGUUUAUGACUGAUGGUGUUCUGCUUAAAGAAAUUCAGAAGGAUUUUUUACUAAAGAAAUAUAAAGUAAUAAUAAUUGAUGAAGCACACGAGAGAAGCGUCUACACUGAUAUUCUAAUUGGGCUGUUAUCUCGUAUUGUUCCUCUUCGACAUAAGAAAGGAUCCCCGUUGAAGUUGGUAAUUAUGUCUGCUACACUACGUGUUGAAGAUUUCACAGAAAACAAGAGACUGUUCCCUGUUGCUCCUCCUGUAAUUAAGGUGGAUGCAAGGCAGUUUCCUGUGACAGUUCAUUUUAAUAAACGCACCCCAUUGGAUGAUUACGCAGGGGAGUGUUUCAGGAAGGUCUGCAAAAUUCAUAGAAUGUUGCCUCCAGGUGGCAUCUUAUUAUUUCUAACAGGACAAGCAGAGGUGCAUUCCCUGUGUCGAAGGUUGAGAAGAAGCUUCCCUUACCAUGGCAAAUCUGUUCAUGACGAAGGAGGAGAAAAAGAUUCACCAGAAGAAGUGAAAAAAUUUAAGAAGGCAAAACCAAAGCAAAGUGUGAGCCUACCUAAGAUAAAUCUGGACGCUUACUCAGCCCUACCUCUCGAUGAGGGUGAUGAAGACAGGGAUGCCGUUGAGGAUGAUGAAGAUGCUGAAUGUUCUGACAUUGAUCUUGAUUUAGGAGAUGGAGGAUCAGAAGAAGAUGAAAAGUCUGAUCCGUCCAUGCCACUCUAUGUGCUGCCCCUCUAUUCCUUGCUGGCUCCUGAAAAACAAGCCAAGGUUUUCCUACCCCCACCCAAUGGGACACGAUUAUGUAUUGUAGCAACCAAUGUAGCUGAAACAUCCCUCACCAUCCCAGGCAUAAAGUAUGUGGUAGAUAGUGGCAAAGUUAAGAAGCGUUUCUAUGACAAGAUCACAGGUGUGUCAUCCUUCAGAGUGGACUGGACUUCUCAAGCUUCAGCCAAUCAGAGAGCUGGUAGAGCUGGACGUACAGAGCCUGGUCACUGUUACAGGUUGUAUUCUUCUGCUGUGUUCAGUGAUUUUGAACAAUUUUCUCUUCCUGAAAUGACAAGACGACCUGUAGAAGAUUUAGUUCUACAAAUGAAAGAUUUAAACAUUGAGAUGGUUAUAAACUUCCCCUUUCCCACACCGCCUUCCACAGAUGCAUUGGUUGCUGCUGAAGAAUUAUUAAUAUCUCUUGGUGCACUUCAAGAACCCUCAAAACUGGGCAGAUUAAAAGAUCUUCAGAAGGCAAAGCUCAGCAGCCCGAUCACACCGUUGGGCAAGACUAUGGCUUCUUUUCCUGUUGCGCCAAGAUAUGGAAAAAUGCUUGCCCUGGGCAAGCAGCACCAGUGCCUUCCGUAUGUUAUCACCAUAGUCGCUGCAAUGACUGUGAGAGAGCUGUUUGAGGAGGUAGACAGACCAGCAGUCAGUGAGGAAGAGAAGGAGAAACUGAAAGGCAAGGCGGCCAGAGUGCAGCAGAUGCGAAGGAUCUGGGCUGGACAGGGCUCAACACAAAAACUGGGAGACCUCAUGGUACUAUUAGGAGCCGUUGGAGCUUGUGAGUAUUCUGGACUUACUCCUGACUUCUGUGCAAGAAACGGCCUGAGAUUCAAAGCCAUGAUGGAAAUAAGACGACUGCGAGGACAACUUACCACAACAGUGAAUUCACUGUGUUCUGGUGUCCAACUUUAUCUUGACCCCAAAAUGAACCCUCCCACGGAAAGCCAGGUGACCUAUUUAAGACAAAUUGUCAUGUCCGGAUUAGGGGAUCACAUAGCUAGAAGGAUACGCCCAGAAGAACUUCUUGAUGAGAAAUGGAAAAAUGCCUACAAGACUCCACUUCUGGAGGAUCCUGUAUUUAUUCAUCCAAGUUCAGUCCUCUUCAGGCAGCUUCCUGAUUUUGUGGUUUACCAAGAAAUUAUGGAGACAACAAAAAUGUACAUGAAAGGUGUAUCUGCCAUUGAACCUGAAUGGAUUCCUGCAUUGCUUCCUCAGUACUGUCAUUUUGGACCCCCACAGGAAACACCUGCUCCAUUCUACUGCACAGAGUCCGGAAGAGUCAAAUGUGAACGGCCUAGCACUUUCUAUAGAGUUGGGUGGCAGCUUCCUGCUGUGGAGACUGAUUAUCCUGAAGGUCUGGACCGGUACAAGUAUUUUGCCAAGUUCAUUCUGGAAGGGAAGGUCAUCAAAAAAUUAAGCAAGUACACCAAUGUUUUGCUGUCAAGUCCAGUAACAAUGUUAAAGACUUGGGCCAAACUUCAGCCAAGGACAGAAGUAUUACUGAAAGCUUUGGUUUCUGAAAAUGCAGAUAAUCUUGCAGCUUUAGUUGCUGCGUGGAAGAAGGAUCCUAAAUAUUUGUUGUCUGUGUAUUGUGAGUGGACUCCUGAAGCCGUGCAUGAAGAAAUCUCACAAUCUUGGCCACCAAUCAAAUCAUGAGCCAGUUAAUUUGGCACAGCAUUCGCUAAUAGUUUACACAUUCAAAAAAUGGCGAAAGCGCAUUGGAUUAUAAAGUAUUUAUACAACUAAAACUGAUUCUACAAAAUUGUCCACAUGUUUGCCAUGAGACUUGUUGAUGGAAUGUUCUUACUUUUAUUAUAUGGUACAUUAUUACAAUGUAUGGAUUUAUUAAUAUUACUUUUCUAAUAAAGCAUGCAAGCUUUUCAGUUUCACUCUAUACAUAUUGUAAUAUAUGUAAAUAACAAUUCUGUGAUAAAACUAUCUCUUUGUGCUCAUUGUAAUAUUUUGAAAAUAAAGACACUUGAUUUGUUUAAAAAAAAAA